GACAUCGAGCAGCAGCAGGCCUCUAGUUCAAGGUCCAAGCGCAGGGCGCACUGUUCGUUGGCGAACUGCGAAGCUGCGGCAAACCGGCCAACAUAAUGACUAACGCUAAUGGUCUUCAUGCCCGCAGCUCCGCCGCUGACGCCCAGGCCGAACAGAGUUCUCGGCUGGGCGCAGACACUUUGAGUCCCUUUCAGAGCAGCAGUUUGAAUCCCUCCAGCCAUCGACCGCGCAGCAUUCGCAGCGUACACCGCAGCAGCUCAGCACUUUCUGGCACUUCGAACACCUCAGCCUACGCCUACUCUUCGUCGCCGUCUCAUCUUUCCAUUCGCUCUUUUUCCGGCUCGCGCCCUUCACCCGUGAGCAGCACGGCUGGCGCGUCGUCCUCGAAGGUGGCCCCUGCGCUCCUGAUGGACAAUGCUGUGGGCCCUUCACGAGAAGAGUGUGGAAUUUUUGCUUCUCAUGCGUAUCACCUCAGCCCGGAGAGCUUGCCGGAUCAUUCCAGUGCUGCCGAAAGCAGACUGAGAAAGAUGGCUAGCAAUUCAACGCUUAAGGGAGAGACAAGGGCAGACAGCGGCCUCGCUAGGUCACGUCCCACAUCAGUUUAUGAAGUCUCCCGACCGGCAAAAACUCCUCGAACGGAGCAGGCGGAUGGACGCCUAGGUUCUCCAUCUGAUCUACCCUUUCACUCGGCUCCUCAAAAGGAGCAAGCCGAUACGCAAAGGCAGGGGAUUCAUACCAAGGAGAAAGGUCUGGUGGCGGGGCCAAGGGAAUGCAAAGAUUCUACAGCUGCCAGUAAGGCGAGGCGGAAGACGUGGUUCGGGCUAGGCAGCGUGGUACUCGAAGAGAGCGGGCCAGCAGUGGAAGCAAUCACGGAAGGGGUCAAAGCUGACUCCUCAGCCGGAUUUCAUGAAGGAGCCUGGAUUGCGGAUCGGGCUUGCAGUACGCCCGGCCUGCCGGAAGCAAGUGGGACAACAAGCGCGUCAACAGUGGACAUGCUGCAUUCUGUCGCUGUACACCCAGUAAAUUCGCGAUUGCGCUUGCUUUGGAACGAAAAUGGCUCGAAUGGGGACACACCACAAACAAAUUCCGCAGCCACCGGAGAAGAGCAUAUUGCACCGUCUGAGGUUCCAGCAGCACCUACCACAUCGCGUCUGUGGACUUUAUGGAGAGGGCAGGCGACCAAUGCUCAGACUCGGCACAUAGGCGAUGCGUACGCAGCGGAGCCGGAGAUGAUGGAUCUCAGCGAGGACGUUGAAAUGCCUCAAGAGGCCUCUCACACAACGCCGGGCCAUGCCCAGGGCCACAGCGACAGUCCAGCUCAUUAUACAUCUCUGCAAGCAAAUGGGCAAGGCCAGCGACAUGCGCGCGAUGUCACAGGCGCAAAAGUCGGCUUAUACAUCAUCAGCUGGAUCCCGUAUCUAGGUCGCUCAUCAGCCGAGAACGAUACUGGAAAUCAAGCUCGUGUUCAAGGGCAAGAACAGUUUGACGCAGCCACGGUCGAACGCGUGCCAAAAGCGUCACUUCCUUCGAUGACGCCGGCUGAGGAGGUCAAAUUCGAAGCACUCGCGCGCAUGCAGGGCGUGGGGAUUCAGUCCUCGUCGGCCGCGCAAAAGGAUGUGGUCGCAAAAAAGGUGGAGAACGCGAUCAGCACUGCGGCAGCUGUUCGAUCCGCAGCGAGCGACAUUCGCGACAGCGCUGCUGUUAUCAACGGGCAGACGAAGGCUAGUUGGGUUUCCUUCUUUUCCGGUCGAAGUGCAAACCCUGCCCGUCAUGGACAAGGGCCUGCUGUCGAACAGGAACCAGAAGCAAUGGACCUGGAUGAUGCAGCGCCUACGUCCAAGAAUGCCCAUCGACGCGAUGAUGUAGCAUCGGUGCCUCAGGUCUCAGCAAGCGCACAGCGCUCCCUGCAGGGAGAUGCAACAUUAACGACGCAAGCGGCACCAACCGCUGCAGCUGCCGCUAGCAAGGCUGUUUCUUCGCAAUCGGCCGGUGGAAGCACCCUGCGCACCAUCGCGUCGUUGACAAAGAUUCGUGGCACCAGCUCAGCGUCAAACAGCCCUCAGCUGCAGGGUACAGCUUUCCUGGUAGCGCAUGACACACCUGUUGCGCUCAACGUGUCAAAAGCGGAUUCAGAGCCGCCAAAUUCAAGGCCUGCUGCACCCUUGGAAAGUAAUUCUACCAAAGUCCUCCAACAUGUCAAGAAAACCAGUACGCAGCGCCCGAAUGGCCCCAAUCUUGUUGUGCCUUCUUUUGAGGACACGUUUGGUCGGCCGCCGCGUUCUUUGCCGCCGCGCAUUGGCGUGCUGGAGCGCACGCUCUCUACUGUUAACAGCUACUUGUUCUCCAAAGUCCCUGACUUUGAUCGCAUGGGUCGACCCACCGUCGGCGUGCGCGGGCUCUCGUCAGAAGAGGACGCGGCCAGCCGCUUGCCCAAAGCGUGGGCAGCAAUGGACGACAAGAGACGAGCGUCGAACAAGGCUUACGGGAAGAUUGCCAAGGUGUGCGUCAUUGGCGUACAUGGCUGGUUCACGCAGGGCCUACUCAAGACGGUCAUGGGCGAGCCUACAGGUACUUCGAUCAAGUUUGCUUCGAUGAUGGCGGAUGCUGUGCGGAAACAUUUCAAAGACGCAGGCAAGGACCUCAACCCCGAGGCCGUCACGGUUAUCCCGCUGCAGGGGGAUGGCAAGGUCAAAGACCGCGUGGAUAAGCUCUUCUCAGGUCUUUUGGCGAAUAAGACCUGGUUAGACGAUCUCCAGUCGGCCGACGCACUCUUUGUUGCCGCUCAUUCUCAAGGUGCAGUCGUCUCUGCGCACCUUUUGGCUCGCCUCAUCGAACAGAAGCACGUUUCAACAGCACGCACGAGUACCUGUUUACUCGCUAUGUGCGGCAUUCACAAUGGCCCCUUUACGCAUCUUCAAAGCAGCCUUACCUCUUCGUACCUGCAUUAUUUCGAGACUGCUGCUGCCAAGGAGCUGUUCGAGUUUCAGUCCUCCAAGACGGCCGCAUCGCAGCAGUACGCCGCUUCACUUCAAAUCUGUCUGUCUGCUGGUGUUAAGACUCUCUAUGUCGGCUCGGUCGACGACCAAGUCGUGCCGCUCUACAGCGCGCUGAACACCACUGUAUCGCAUCCCAACAUCUUGCGUGCUCUCUAUGUUGACGGACAAGCGUUCCCGCGGACGGACUUCCUCGUCAACCUCCUGACAUUUUGCGUCGCCGUGCGCAAUGCUGGCUCCACCGAUCACAGCUUGCUUACUCUUUUAAGCUCCUCGGUUGCUGGGUCGCUGUAUGGCGGCCUUGGCCACUCCCUCAUCUACGAAGAGCCGGCGACGUACGCACUGGCCGUGCGUUACCUGUUCGAGGUCACAAGCCCACUCACAGAGCCAACGAUACGGUCCACCGAGGAGAAGUUGCCCGCAGUCGAGAUCGAGCCGUUCGAAGCACAGCAUUGGAACCCGUACCAACUCCCGUGGGCAUUGCGAGGGUUGUUGGAAGAUCUGCGCGUGAGGGACCUGUUUGGAGAUCACAUUGUCAAGCUUAUCGACGACUAUGAGCAGUGGAAACCAGUCACCAAGGUUCUCAAAGACGUGCAAUUCAGGCUCCAGCCCAUGACCGGCAUCAAGAAGCCCGUCCUUCCUGUGCCGCGAGCGAGUUCUUCUUCGGAUACGAAAACGAUUACAAAAACAGCACCCCGUCUUUGAUCCAUUCAGCGAUUCAUUCUGUAGUGGUUAGAUGUUGUAGCAUACAUG